CACCAACCUACCCUACUCACCCACCUACUCCACUCUCACCUUCACCCAGCCUCAUUGAUUAUCUAUCCUGUUGCGCAGCCCUUCUGAUGCUCGCCGGCCUUUGAAAUCCACAGAUCCCUCCCCUCUGGCAAUUCCAUCACAUCACCGGAAUGCCUUACACACCGCCCUCCCACCAGUCACCUGCCUCGUCCAGGACGACGAGCCCAGUGAUCAGCCGUUCAUCAUCAUUCAGCGCAGAGAGCUCAGGAACACGGUCUCCCUCAUCGCCGAGACCAGCAUUGCCUCGCUCAGUAUCAUCGACAACCUACUUGAAUAAGCAAAGGCGAGGACCCUCGAUCACCCAACAAGAGUCAGCUGGUCUGCCGCAAUCACCAGUCGACGACGACUCGAGCACUGUUCGCCAUGUCGAGGGUGUCAUCUCUAACAACGGUAGCAUCCGCCAAUCACCUUCUCCUGUGAACAAUCUGUUGAUUCCGACAGGUGCCAUCUUGUCACCCCCUGACUCCUCGGAGAACUCGGACGGCGAAGACACUUCCGAAGCACCGAGGGGGCGCAACUUCGCUCAUACCUGGGGUGAACUGGAGCAAGCCGUGCGAUCAAUCGAACUUAAGCGGGAAGGUUCGCCUGCAAGAAACGGUGUCUCGUUCUCGGAGCCCACUACCACCAUCCACUCACCGACUGCAUUGAGCGCCACAGCACGUAAGAUCUCGCAUUCGAGGUCGUCGACUGAGACAGCCAUCAUCAUUCCGGAGCGAGUCGUUACCGAGUCACCUUCGGAAGAGAGCGAGGACGACGACGACGAUGACGAGCUACGAGUCAAGCCGCCGCUUGUAAGGAAGAAGUCUGGUGAGCUUGUCAAGCCUGCUCUCAGGCCGUCUUCAAGACGCCGAUACUCGAGCAUGCCCGGAACACCCACCUAUUCCAAGUCGGUCCACUUCAACGACAACGGCAACCAAACCAGACACUUCCUGCAGGUCGAGAAGCCGUCUGCUAUCAGCGCCGGCUCCUCCCCCGUUGACACCUAUGACGAAGAGACCGAGUAUCCCUUCGAAGGCAAGGACUCACAAACAAAGGUCGAGUGGAACCUUAGGCUUGCCAACUUCCCCGAGGAGACUCACGAUCGCAAAUACUUGCCCGUUCGUGUCGAGAAGGUAUACCUCUCUGCCGACACCAAGACUCUCAUUGGUACUGUCGUCGUAGCAAACAUCUCCUUCCAAAAACAUGUCGCUGCGCGUUUCACUCUUGACUACUGGAAGACCACCUCCGAGGUCAUGGCCGAAUACGACUCCGACGUCCGCAAGCAAGCGACUUCCGACGGAUGCGAUCGUUUCACCUUCAACAUUCGUCUGUCCGACCAAGCAAACUUGGAGAACAAGACCUUGUUGCUGUGCGUGCGCUACAACUCUGGAGGCCAGGAACACUGGGACAGCAACAACGGCAUGAACUACCAGAUUGACUUUGUCAAGAAGUUGGCCAAGUCGGCUUCCACAAGCUCACUGUCAUCCCUUUCCGGAUCAAGACCUGGUCGCAACACCAUCCCUCGUAGCAGACAUUCACCUCCCACAGCUUCGGCACGCCAAGCACGUCAGGAACGUAGCCUGUUCGCUGACGAAGACUUGCUCGCCAAGAGUUCGACCUACCACUUCGGCUCUCCCGAGAAGAUCACUGGUGACCCUACCGCCCAACCUCAGGUCAAGCUGAAGCCUCGCUCCAAGAGAGUGGACCUUACUCGCGUUGGCUCUGCACCGGCUGUCAACGGUCUCGGCGGAAGAUACGACUUCGGAGCAUCGCUCAGCGCCGCCUUGUCGACUGCCCAGGACAAACUUGGAAAGCAAAGUGGACUCCUCCCUCACACCCAAGUCUCGUCCCAGGCCGAUGCACACUACUUCUCACCCAGGACCGCCAGCGAAAUCAAGCCUGUGGUUCCGGAGCGUCCUGAUGCUAUUACCACCGACAGACCCGCAAUCGGCUCCCAGCAAUAUAAAGACCUCGUGAACAAGUUCUGCUACUUCACACCUGGAUCCUCGGGCAAAUCAUCUCCUUCGCCUCAAACCAGUUCCGGAUCGAAGCCCAGCAGUACCGAUGGCUCUGGCGACGGUGCAUCACCAAACGAGUACAGUCCUCAAUCUGGUUCUGUCACUCCCACCCCACCUCAAAGUCUUUCGCCGUUCCUCGAUGGCGCCAACGACAAAUUCGCCAGCCGCAACGAUAUCAGCAAGUUGAUCUCUCGUUCGGGCUCGCCCGCAUCUAUCAGCAGCAACAACAACUAUGUUGCGCGAGCUUACAACUACCCUUAUGCUCGUGAUGGCUACCUCUCAGAGUCGCAAACUCCGACAGCCAUCCGUGGAUAAAAGGCUGAAACUUAUGCAUGAUGCAUUCUUACAGCACACUCGGAUCCAGCACCUGUCUCCGCAGCCGCUGCAAUUCAAAAAUUACGAUCAACC